AUGGAUAAUAAAGACAACAUAAAAACACUCUUAUUAUUAUAUGAACAACAUCCUUCAUUGUAUGUUGUUAAAUCAGCUGAAUACCACAACCGAACCAAAAGAGAGAUCGCUUAUCGAGAAAUAUGUGAACAAAACCAAGAAAUAACAAAACAACCUUUAACUGUAGAAGCUGCUAAAAAGAAAAUUAAUAAUUUAAGGUCGCAGUAUUUAGAUUACAUCAACAAAAUAAAAGCAUCAAAAUCAAGUAGUAUGUCAACUAAUGAUAUUUAUAAACCCACAUGGUGGUUAUUUGACGAUAUGAAAUUUCUUGACCCACAUAUUGCUCAAAGAAAAGGAGAAUCUUCUAUAACAGUGUCUAGUCAACAACGUAGCAGUUUAGAAAGCACUACACAAGAAGAAAGUGACAACGAAGAUAUACAAUUUGUAGAUGUUGUUGAUAUUUUAAAAGCACAAGAUUCCAAUAAAGAGAAUACUGAGUCAAAUCUUCAGCCA